AUGCUCACCUCCCAGAUCUUUUCUGUUGUCGUCUCAGUUUCUGGGCCUAAAGUAGUCACCUCGCCAGAGCCAAUUUCUGUGUUCGGCGUGGCAGUGCCUAAGUCAGGGCCUAGUGUUGUAUCUGACGUGAGAGGCGUUGUGCUGGCUGAUGCCUCCAGGUGUGCCAGGUGUUCCAGGAGUACCAAUUCCUCCUACACCUCCAGGUGUUCCAGGUAUUCCUGGUCCUCCUACACUUCCAGGUGUUCCUGGUGUACCAGGUGUUCCAGGUAUUCCUGGUCCUACAACAACUCCAGGUGUUCCUGGUCCUCCAACACCUCCAGGUGUUCCAGGUGUACCAGGUGUUCCAGGUAUUCCUGGACCUCCAACGCUGCCGGGUGUUCCAGGUGUACCAGGUGUUCCAGGUAUUCCUGGUCCUACAACAACUACAGGUGUUCCUGGUCCCCCAACACCUCCAGGUGUUCCAGGUGUACCAGGUGUUCCAGGUAUUCCUGGUCCUCCAAUGCUGCCGGGUGUUCCAGGUGUACCAGGUGUUCCAGGUAUCCCUGGUCCUCCAAUGCUGCCAGGUGUUCCUGGUCCUCCAAUGACUCCAGGUGUUCCAGGUGUUCCUGGUCCUCCAAUGACUCCAGGUGUUCCAGGUGUUCCUGGUCCUCCAAUGACUCCAGGUGUUCCUGGUCCUCCAAUGACUCCAGGUGUUCCUGGUCCUCCGAUGACUCCAGGUGUUCCAGGUGUUCCUGGUCCUCCAAUGACUCCAGGUGUUCCAGGUGUUCCUGGUCCUCCAAUGACUCCAGGUGUUCCAGGUGUUCCUGGUCCUCCAAUGACUCCAGGUGUUCCAGGUGUUCCUGGUCCUCCAAUGACUCCAGGUGUUCCAGGUGUUCCUGGUCCUCCAAUGACUCCAGGUGUUCCAGGUGUUCCUGGUCCUCCAAUGACUCCAGGUGUUCCUGGUCCUCCAAUGACUCCAGGUGUUCCAGGUGUUCCUGGUCCUCCAAUGACUCCAGGUGUUCCAGGUGUUCCAGGUGUUCCUGGUCCUCCAAUGACUCCAGGUGUUCCAGGUGUUCCUGGUCCUCCAAUGACUCCAGGUGUUCCAGGUGUUCCUGGUCCUCCAAUGACUCCAGGUGUUCCAGGUGUUCCUGGUCCUCCAAUGACUCCAGGUGUUCCAGGUGUUCCUGGUGUUCCUGGUCCUCCAAUGACUCCAGGUGUUCCUGGUCCUCCAAUGACUCCAGGUGUUCCUGGUGUUCCUGGUCCUCCAAUGACUCCAGGUGUUCCAGGUGUUCCUGGUGUUCCUGGUCCUCCAAUGACUCCAGGUGUUCCAGGUGUUCCUGGUCCUCCAAUGACUCCAGGUGUUCCAGGUGUUCCUGGUCCUCCAAUGACACCAGGUGUUCCAGGUGUUCCAGGUGUUCCUGGUCCUCCAAUGACACCAGGUGUUCCAGGUGUUCCUGGUCCUCCAAUGACUCCAGGUGUUCCAGGUGUUCCUGGUCCUCCAAUGACUCCAGGUGUUCCAGGUGUUCCUGGUCCUCCAAUGACUCCAGGUGUUCCAGGUGUUCCAGGUGUUCCUGGUCCUCCAAUGACUCCAGGUGUUCCAGGUGUUCCUGGUCCUCCAAUGACUCCAGGUGUUCCAGGUGUUCCUGGUCCUCCAAUGACUCCAGGUGUUCCAGGUGUUCCUGGUCCUCCAAUGACUCCAGGUGUUCCAGGUGUUCCUGGUCCUCCAAUGACUCCAGGUGUUCCAGGUGUUCCAGGUGUUCCUGGUCCUCCAAUGACUCCAGGUGUUCCAGGUGUUCCUGGUCCUCCAAUGACUCCAGGUGUUCCUGGUCCUCCAAUGACUCCAGGUGUUCCUGGUGUUCCUGGUCCUCCAAUGACUCCAGGUGUUCCAGGUGUUCCUGGUGUUCCUGGUCCUCCAAUGACUCCAGGUGUUCCAGGUGUUCCUGGUCCUCCAAUGACUCCAGGUGUUCCUGGUCCUCCAAUGACUCCAGGUGUUCCUGGUCCUCCAAUUACUCCAGGUGUUCCAGGUGUACCUGCUCCUCCAGUCGUUCCAGGUAUUCCUUGUCCUCCAACGCCUCCUGGUGUUCCUGGUCCUCCAACGCUUCCUGGUAUUCCUGGUGUUCCUGGUCCUCCAACGCCUCCUGGUAUUCCUGGUACUCCUGGUGUUCCUGGUCCUCCAACGCCUCCUGGUAUUCCUGGUACUCCUGGUGUUCCUGGUCCUCCAACGCCUCCUGGUAUUCCUGGUCCUCCAAUGGCUCCUGGUAUUCCUGGUACUCCAGGUGUUCCAGCUCCUCCAACGCCCCCUGGUCCUCCAACGCCUCCAGUACCGCCAAUGCCUCCUGGCCCUACGGGUCCUGGUCCUGCAAUGCCCCCUGGUAUUCCUGGUACUCCAGGUGUUCCUGGUCCUCCAACGCCUCCUGGUAUUCCUGGUACUCCAGGUGUUCCAGAUCCUCCAACGCCUCCUGGUAUUCCUGGUCCUCCAACGCCUCCUGGUAUUCCUGGUCCUCCAGCGCCUCCUGGUAUUCCUGGUACCCCAGGUGUUCCUGGUCCUCCAAUGCCUCCUGGCCAUACGGGUCCUGGUCCUCCAACGCUUCCUGGAAUUCCUGGUACUCCAGGUGUUCCUGGUCCUCCAACGCCUCCUGGUAUUCCUGGUACUCCAGGUGUUCCUGGUCCUCCAACGCCUCCUGGUAUUCCUGGAACUCCUGGUGUUCCUGGUCCUCCAACGCCUCCUGUACCUCCAAUGCCUCCUGGCCGUUCGGGUCCUGUACCUCCACCGCUACCGGUGCCUCCUGUACCUCCAACGCCACCGGUCCCUCCUGUCCCUCCACCGCUACCGGUGCCUCCUGUACCUCCAACGCCACCGGUGCCUCCUGUACCUCCACCGCUACCGGUGCCUCCUGUACCUCCACCGCUACCGGUGCCUCCUGUACCUCCACCGCUACCGGUGCCUCCUGUACCUCCAACGCCACCGGUCCCUCCUGUCCCUCCACCGCUACCGGUGCCUCCUGUACCUCCAACGCCACCGGUGCCUCCUGUACCUCCACCGCUACCGGUGCCUCCUGUACCUCCAACGCCACCGGUGCCUCCUGUACCUCCAACGCCACCGGUGCCUCCUGUACCUCCGGUACUUCCAGUACCGCCAGUACCCCCGGUUCCUCCGACACCCCCAGUGCUUCCGGUACCCCCUGGACCGUCCACGCCCGGUGGUUCAGGGAGGGGCAGGUUGGCCAUGGCACCUGAACAUUCCGGGGGGUUUUUCACGGCGUACGGGUGGUUGCAUAUAUCAAGGUCGUCAUCGAACACAGUGCCAAAGGGACAGUCAAAUUUGAAAACCGAGAAGCGCAGUUUCAAUCCGCUCAUGUCCACGCAUCGAUAG